AUGACUCGACCACCUCCGGAUUCUCAAAUCGAUCUUCGUGCACUCAUUCUCUAUGACGAUUAUCAACGGAAAACUGCUGGAAAAUCGUAUGAAAACUAUGAGAAGUUGUGUGACACGAUUGGAGAAAAAGCGAUUUCCUGUGAUGUUUAUAAAUAUUGGUUCAAUCGAUAUCCCAUAGAAGAGUGCCUGACGAGAAGCGAAAGUGACGGGAGUAAUAUCCCGGCGACAGGUAUUCGUUGGUGUAUUCUCUCUGAUGUCAUCAGUGGAAAAUGUGCUGAAAAAUCAAUCGAUGAUUUGUGUGAAGUGUUUGAUGAAUUAAAAAUCGAUAAGGAAGAUCAUGACUAUUGGUUCAAACGGUUUGGCAACGGACACUUAUUCAAACGGGUCACUUUCUCCGAUCUUCCGAAUGAAAUAAUCGCUGAAAUCGUAGGAAAAUGUGAUAGUUUUAGAUCAUAUCUGACACUUCGAAAUGUGUCACGUCGUCUCCGAGCCAUUGUCGAUAGCUCUAAACCUGCGUUUAGUUGUAUUACUGUCUAUGUUGGAGAAGAUUCCAUUGAACAAUGA